CUAAACUAGAGAUUAUUUUAUCUUCUUUGCCAGCAUACACAAGUUAAUGUGUAAUUCAUUCAUCCUUUAAAUAUACAUCGAUCAUUUACAUCAUAAAUUUGAUCACAUUUUUUCCUGUAUUUAUCAAAGAUGGUUGUCUCUCAUAUUGUUCUCCUGACCUUCAAGGCCGACAUCAGUGAUACUGAAAAGGAAGAGGCUCUUACUCGUCUGCGAGAAAUCAAAGACAAAGCUCUUCACCCUGAAACUGGUAAACCUUUGGUCAAGUCCUUGACCGGCGGCAAGAAUAAUUCCCCUAAGGGCUACAACAAGGGAUACACUUAUGCUUUCACAUGGGAGUUUGAUACCCCAGAAGACCGUGAUUACUAUACCUUUCAGGAUCCCUACCAUACUUCCAUCACCCCAGUUAUUUUGAAUGCUAUUGAGAAUAUCAUUGUAGUGGACUAUACGCCCGACGAAUACUGA